AAAAAAAAAUAGUGGCAAGGGCGUUGAUGUAGUUUUUGGUUAAGCAAAAUUAGAGUGCUCGUCUCACGAAUCACGAGUACACUGCAAAGAAGGGAAAACUAAAAUUCUUAAAAAGCAAAAAAAAAAAAAAAAAAAACCCAACUUCAAAACACAAAAUCCGGUACAGAAAAAAAUACUUCAAAAAUGGCGUGCAGGAUUGCUCUCAGAACCGUCUUCCUAACUGAAACAUGGAUGCCUUUACCCUUCAUUCAUAACACUUUAUCCAGUUUUAGACCAAUUAAGAAAAUAUCUACAUCCAAUCUAAGCUGUGGCUGCAAAAUUGCAGCAAAUUCUAAGAGCUGCCAGUUUUCACGUUAUUGUUCCAAUAAAGGGGAUUCAUCCUCAUCAACCGAUGAUUCUGAGCAAGGCCCUCCUCAAGAAGCUGUUUUGAAGGCCAUUUCAGAAGUUUCAAAGGCAGAAGGAAGGGUGGGACAAACUACCAAUGUGGUGAUUGGAGGUACAGUUGCCGAUGAUUCAACCAACGAGUGGCUUGCUCUAGAUCAGAAGGUGAACUCUUAUCCAACAGUUAGAGGGUUCACAGCAAUUGGAACUGGUGGUAAUGAUUUUGUGCAAGCCAUGGUUAUUGCUGUUGAAUCGGUACUUCAGAAGCCAAUCCCAGAGGGUCAAGUGAGGCAGAAGAUAUCAUCUGGUGGCAAAUAUGUAUCGGUAAACAUUGGACCCGUGCAAGUUGUUUCCAGUGAGCAGGUGCUCUCUUCUCUCUCUCUCUCUCUCUGGGGGAAGGGGAGCAUGGUGUUGUUCUGUUAAGUUUAUGCCGUCAAAGUUUCACUAUCUGCUUAAUGUGCACAUCACGCAAAAAUGACCAAAAAAUAGCCAUUUGGGCACAAGCACCCAAAGCAGUAGAAUACUAAUUGAAAUACAAGAUUCAUUCUAGAAAACGAUCCGAUGAUAUCUCAGUUCAUUCCUCAACAUACAAGACUCUAUCAUGUAGUUUAUUAUUGAAAAAUGCUAAUAAAAUAUGAAAUUUUGCUGUAUAUUGGAACAUAUGAAAUGUAAGUUGUGUGACGGAGUUGCAUUCUUCCAGGUACAAGCGGUAUACAAUGCUAUGAGACAAGAUGACAGGAUGAAGUAUUUUUUGUAAAACCAUUUCCAGUUGGAUUCUAUAUAAGACGGUUGGUCAUCCAAAGUUUCAUAUUUUCUUUCCAAUCUUAUGUUAUCUUCUAUCGACAUUGACGUUCCUACUAUAUAUUCGUUCUUCUAUCUCCAUAAGCUGAUAGUAGGCUUAGCUAGUUAGCUUGUGACAAUUUUUAGUUGUUUGAGAUUGUGAAUUUUGAUA